AUGUCAGAUCAACGUCGUACAAGUUCUCGGACAUGUGUAACAAAAAAAACAUCUUUGCCGACAGUGACUCAAAAUGUACGAAAAACAGCAAAUAAAUCACGUAAAAUAAAUCAUCAAACUUCAUCAGAUACAAAUUCCGCAACUAGACGUCAUGAAUCUCCUGAUAUUCAGAAUUCUACAAAACGAACUCGAUUAGAUUCGGUUAAUUCUAAUAAACUGAAUCAUAAGAAACAAAAAGAUGUUUCUUAUAAUGAUGAUACCGAUGAUAAAAUAGAUCGAUGUGCAAUUUGUUUGGAUGAUUGUACUGAACCAAAACAACUUGAUAAAUGUACUCAUAUAUUUUGUACAGCUUGUAUAGAUCAAUAUUUUGAAACAGUUAAACCACAAUGUCCAUGUUGUUUUACUAUUUAUGGAGAAAUUCGAGGUAAUCAACCAUUAAAUGGUACAAUGACUAUUGAUACAUCUAAACAUCGUCUACCCGGUUUUGAACAUGAUUCACGUGGUACAAUUAGAAUAGUUUAUCAUUUUCCUAAUGGAAUUCAAGAUGAAAGUCAUCCUAAUCCCGGUACACCAUAUCACGGAACAACUCGUACAGCAUAUCUACCAGAAAAUCGUGAAGGUCGUCAUGUACUUAGUUUACUUCAGAAAGCUUUUGAAUUACAACAAAUUUUUACCGUGGGUCAAUCUCGAACAACCGGUUACGAUAAUGUUAUUACUUGGAAUGAUAUUCAUCAUAAAACAAAUGUUAAUGGUGGAAUGGAAAAUUUUGGUUAUCCAGAUAAAACGUAUCUUAAUCGUGUUAAACAAGAAUUAGCAGCGAAAGGUAUCAAAUGA